CCACUAGUUGAUUGGACUCUAGCCCGGCUCACCUGGAGCUUCUUCAAGCAGUCCUUCCUGAAGCAGAUCCUGACAGAGGGUGAGCGUUAUGUCAUGACCUUCUUGAAUGUUCUCAGCUUUGGAGACCAGGGUGUUUAUGAUAUCGUCAACAAUCUGGGCUCCAUGGUGGCACGCUUCAUCUUCUUGCCCAUCGAGGAAAGCUUCUAUAUCUUUUUUGCCAAAGUACUGGAGAGAGGACGUGAUGUCAAAAGUCAGAAACAGGAUAACGUUACCAUUGCAGCAGAGGUCCUGGAGUGUCUGCUGAAACUGGUGCUGGUGAUCGGUCUGAUUAUUGCAGUGUUUGGCGGUGCCUACUCCCACUUGGCUCUGGACAUUUAUGGUGGCUUUCUACUGAGCAGUGGAGCAGGUAAGUGAGCUACAAUCCAGACACAGCAGUCACCA